UACCGUGGUUAUAGUUUGAGGAUACCGGAUGUUAUUCACAUCCUCGAUUUACAUAAGUAAGGACAGUGUUAUAUCGAGGAACCGUCUAAAGGAGUUUUCAGUGUUAAUCGCCAAGUUGUGUAUUUCGUCAUAUACCUUUCUACGGAUUGUAGCUCUGGUAGGAGUGUUGAAAACAUAUUGUGUCUCUUCUUAGGUUUCGGAAUUACAACAUGAAAUACUUAUCAAUAUCCUUAUGUAAUGAAUAUUACACAGGACCAAGAUAUGUUGAGAUUAAUUAGAGUAUGAACUAAAACAUCGACCUUAUAUGAAAAUAUUCUAACAGACAUAUUCAAAAUGCCGGAAUUCUUCGACGCUCCGAUUCUGAUCAAGAUUGCAACUAUUUUGGAAGUUAUUGCCUUUGUUCUCAACGUAAUCGCCUUUUCAACGCCUUUUUGGCGUUCAGUCCAUUUUGAAGAAUUCCGUCUCUAUGACGAUCAGGGUACCCGACUGGAGUCUGCCAUUGCUAUUCAGGGUUUCGACGAGGGUUUAUGGAGACGAUGUAUUAAUAGUAUUUGUGCUGAUAUAGACGUAGCUGGACGGGAUUGGCUUCAGGCAGUCCGAGCGUUUGAGAGUAUCGGUCUCCUGGCGUCGUCUAUCGCCAUUGCAACCUUGCUGUGCUACAUCUUCAAAUCAGAUUUCAGGCGGAAGUUCCUUGUUUUUCUAGUGGCUGCAAUUUCUAGUAUUGUUACAGGUGGAUGCAUUUUGCUGUCAGUCCUUAUCUACGGUAUCUCUAUCAAGAUCUCUCUAUCCUGGUCAUUCGCUUUGGCAGUGGUCAGUGGUAUUCUUUACGGAAUUUCUGGAGCUUUACUACAGGGGACCUUCAUCAAAGAAGCGAAGGAACCAAUCUAGAGGAGGACACGUGUCUGUGUGAGAUGACGUCAUCUUACCUGAGAUACAUUUAGGUUAUAUACGUAUACACAGUGUGUAUCUUUGUUACAAUCGAACUAGUUAGAACAGAAAACUUCUCACGUCAAGCCACAAAGCAUGUACCUACGGAAGCCGAAUAGUACCAAUGAAAAAAAAUAACUUAGUUGGUAUCAUUAAAAAUAAAUAAAAAAUCUCGUAUAUACGAGUUUCUUUCUCGUAUAUACGAGAUUAUUUCUCGUAAUAACGAGUUUCUUUCUCGUAUAUACGAGAUUCUUAAUCUCGUAUAUACGAGAAAGAAACUCGUAUAUACGAGAAAUAAUCUCGUAUAUACGAGAAAGAAACUCGUAUAUACGAGACUGAAUGUCGUAUAUACGAGAAAGAAACUCGUAUAUACGAGAAAUAAUCUCGUAUAUACGAGAAAGAAACUCGUAUAUACGUGAUUUUUUAUUUAUUUUUUAAUGAUACCAACUAAGUUAUUUUUUUCAUUGGUCCUAUUCGGCUUCCGUAUGUACCAGUGGUUCCAAAAUAACAAAGAUUACCGAUGUAAUAAUGAAGCCGUAAUUCUAACUCUAUACUUGUUGAUAUAUCGAAGCUGUAAAGAAAUGGAAUAAAAAAGUAAACCAGCACAGGAAGAACUACAACAUAUUAAAGAGAAAAUCAAACGCUGAAUUUUUGACUUUCUAUAUCCAUGGCAGAGCUGUCUUUCAAAGGAAAAUAAAAGCUAAAAUAAGUAUCUUUUGUAUGUGCAAAAAUAAAGAGAAAUCGUGGUAACCAA